CCACCCAGGAUGCCGAGCUCCUUCCAGAGCCCUCCGAAUGUCACCUGGACAGAGCCCUUCUCUCUGCUUUUAGUCCUUGGCGCCACCCUCUACUUGGGCUAUUACUGGAGAUGUGUGCCCCAGGUGGGUGCGGGUUCAGAGCUCUGGCCGGCGGGUUUAGGAUGCUCCGGGCUGGUGACUUCAGCUGGUGACUGGUCCUUGCUCGAGCCCUUUGUGGGAGGCAGCACGAUUGGGCGUCCUGCAGCAGGUUUAAUUUGAUGCCCCUAUUCCACCACCAGCCCUGCCGCGUGCUCCAGCAGGGUUCUGCUUUGCUAUGAUCAUCUAACGGAGAGUCGGUUCUUGCCUGCCUAGAUUCUCUGCAUCCCAUAUGCUCCCCGUGCCAGUUGGGCCUUUCAGGCAUGGGAGGGCUGUUGGUCCCUAGGAUGUGGGACCAAACAUUUGGGGAAGGGCUGGUGGAAGGCAUCCUGAGGUGUCAGGGAGAGGCUUUCCUCUUCUAAGAAGGCAGUCUAGCCCAGUUUCUCACUAGCUUCACUGAAUAAAGGAACCAGGGACCUGUGUGGUUCUGGGUAACUCCCACCAUCCCAUCGGCUUAGUAGGGUCUUGCUUCUCUUAAAGGCUGGUGGAGGUUCUCUGCCCAGCUCAGGACUAAUGGAAAACCCUGUUGGUCGUUCUGCCCUGUUUUAAUUUCUAGGCUCUCCAUGUAAAUACCGCACAAUGGGAAAGUCUGAAGAGGUUGAUUUUGAUGACCUUGGGAAAUUUUCUCUGAAAUUUAGAUAAAAUACAUAAUUUACAUAUCCAGAAAAAUCUACAUCUCUUAACCUUCAUUAGACUGUUCUAGAUAACUGAGUUCAAUAGAAAACCUAUUGAUCCAAACCCUUAAAAAAAAACCUAUGGGGAAUUUAAAUGUUACCUAGACUUUUCUCUAUUUUCAGAGCUUUCUACAUUCACAUUAAGUUGGCCUUACUGAAACAAAAGAUCCAAACCUCAUAGUACCCUAUAAAUCUUACCUUCUAUGCCUGAUUUUGAAAGUUGGUCAUUUCAGAUCAGAGCUGUACUUAACUAAACAUUUUCCUUUGCUUGCAACCAGCCACAAAGAAGUCAAGUAUGCCCUUUCUUUAUACUCCAAACCCUUCCUUGACUUCCAAAAUUAUGGUUAAAAUGCAGGAAAAGUGCAUUCUGAAAGUCCUGAGGAGUUUGGAUUGUCCAAAAUGGUAAUGGACUAGUAUGGAUUCAUCUAGAAAGACCAGUGGCAUAUUACUAAUUCUCAAGAAGGAGUCAAGAAACUCCUUACUAGAGCUAAAAUGAAAUUAAUCUGUGACCUAAUUUGUUCUACACUGCUAAACUGUUUGAUCAAGGAUUCCAUAAACUGAUAACAACUCAAAAUCCUGGCAAUAUAGUACAGUGACAGAGUACAAGCUACAGUCAGACCUGGGUUUGAAUCCCACCUCUGCCACUUGACACCUCUUGCUGUCUUCGGCAAGCUUCAUGACCUUGAUAACUUAUUCAAUAUUCAAACCUGUUCCCACAGGGGUUCUCAUGAUCUAUGUCAAAAAGCUGUUGUGAAACAAAAUCACAGGGGUAGCCCUGGUGGCGCAGCGGUUUAGCGCUGCCUGCAGCCCAGGGCGUGAUCCUGGAGACCCUGGAUCGAGUCCCAUGUCAGGUUCUGUGCAUGGAGCCUGCUUCUCCCUCUGCCUGUGUCUCUGCCUCUCUCUCUCUGUCUCUAUGAAUAAAUAAAUAUUUUUUAAAAAAAGAAAGAAAAUCACAGGAUAUAAUCAUGUAAAGUGCUUAGCACAAUGCUUGAAACAUGAGCCCUCAACAUAUUUUACCUACUAAUAUUGAUGGUAACACCGUAAUUGGGAAUUCUGCUCUGCCUCUUGCUGUGUGACUUUGGACAAACAACUUAAUCUGAGCCAUAGUUUCUUCAUUUAUAAAAUAUCCUAUUUCAUAAGGCUGGGUUAAACCUCGUACCUGCACACAGCACACAAUGAAUCACAAGCCUCAUCAUUCCAGGGCUUAAGGAGCAGGGUAUGAGUCACAUCUUACAACAGUUGCACUACCAACUUAGCCUCUCUAGUUCAUAAUUUACCUAGCCUUUUUUGAGUACUGAGACUGCAGAAGAUAUAGGAAUCUGGUAGCCAGGUUCCUUAGGACCUGCAACAGAAAUGCAAUUUCUAUUUCUUGAGCCUGAGGCCUUUUAGCUUUCUACAGCAUACCCCUCUUUCAUAAACCUGUGUGGCUGGGCCCUCUCAUUCACUUGUGCAUCCAGAAGAACCAAGCAGAGGGGCUGAAAGUCAGGGCCAACCCCCCACUGACACGUCUGUCCCUGCCAUUCUAUCUCUGCCACCUUCCCUUUGGCUGGCAUGAAAGAAAAAUCUGUUCCCAUUGGGACUCUUCCUCCUUUGGAAUAUGCUCUAACAGGGGUCCCAUGAAUAAGAAAAUGAGGACCUGUGGUAGAGGACCUUCAGCAGUGAGCGUGUGAUAGGGAAUGAGAAUAUGUGGCAACAUGUGGUGCUAAAACCAGGAGCCAGCAUGGCCACAGCUAGUCUUAGGAAAAUGCCAGUGUGGAUCAUUGAAUUGCAGGGCAAAAGUCACAGAAUGAAUGGGAGGGCUAUACUUCUUCAACCUUUGACCAGGAUGCCAACCCUUUCUACUUGGGAGUCAGCUGGUAGCUGCUCUUUCCAAUUAUCUCCUCUUUCCAAAAUGGGUUUAGGGCAUGGAUAGGCUGAGCAGGAGUCGGCACUGGUCAGCUGCUACUGAGUCUGUUCAGAGUCAGGCUGGGGAGGUAGCACUCCAAACUGUUGUUCCUCAGGGCUCUAGCUGGACUACAUUCACAGAAGUGACCUGGCCAUUCCGACCAAGGUUUGCUAGAUUUCUUACCACCAGAGGCUGGCCUCCAGAGAGGGGUCACUCUGGUAUCGGGUGCCUCACUGGCCGUGCAAACACCAGAGGAAUGAGGCUGACUGUGUUGUGGUUGCAGAAGCCUCAGCUGGUGACUGGGUCCUGGUUUCUGGCCUUCCUGGAGCAACACUGUCCAGUCACUCUGGAGAUGUUCUACCCUACGCUGUGGUGUUUUGAGGGGCGGCUACAAACCAUCUUCCGAGUCUUAGUGCAGCCUCAGCCUCCAGUCGCUUACUGGAGUGAAGUCCUCCAAACCCCAGAUGGAGGCCAGUUCCUGGUAGACUGGGCUUGCCAGCACGACAGGAGUCAGGGCCCUGACCCUACUACCCAGCCCAUUGUAUUACUGCUUCCUGGUAUCACAGGCAGUAGCCAGGACUCCUAUAUCCUGCAACUAGUUAACCAAACUCUGAGGGAUGGCUAUAGAGCUGUUGUAUUUAAUAAUCGGGGCUGCCGUGGGGAAGAACUGCUGACCCACAGGGCCUUUUCUGCUGGCAAUACUGAAGAUCUGGAGAUAGUUGUGAAACACAUAAAGCACCACUACCCCCGAGCUCCACUGUUGGCUGUGGGCAUCUCUCUUGGAGGGAUACUAGUGCUGAAUCACCUGGCACAAACAGGGCAGGCUUCUGGGCUAGUGGCGGCACUGACUCUAUCUGCAUGCUGGGAUUCCUCUGAGACCACUCGCUCCCUGGAGACCCCACUCUACUCACUGCUCUUCAAUCAGCGCCUCACUACUGAGCUCUGCCACAUUGUGAACCGAAAUAGAAAGGUGAUGGAAAAGGUGGUAAACGUAGACUUCGUGCUACAGGCCCGCACAAUCCGCCAGUUCGAUGAGCGCUACACAACUGUGGCCUUUGGAUAUCAAGACUGUGUUACCUACUACCAAACAGCAAGCCCAAGAACCAAGGUAGAUGCCAUCCAGACACCUGUGCUCUGUCUCAAUGCAGCUGAUGACCCCUUCUCCCCAGUCCAUGCCCUUCCACUACAGGCUGCCCAACACUCUCCCCAUGUCGCACUGCUUAUCACAGCCCGGGGUGGCCACACUGGCUUCCUGGAAGGGCUGUUCCCCUGGCAGCACUGCUACAUGAACCGUCUCUUGCAUCAGUAUGCCAAAGCCAUCUUCCAGCAUCCAGUGGAGCUGCUCAAACUCAGGGAUCUCUCAUGCUCUGAAGGAGGCAAGAGCUAACAGGAGUACCAAUGGG